GCCGUCGACGAGUAGUGUGGCGCAGACCCUUGUACAGUGAGGAGGUGUGCGGCGCUCUCAUCCCCCGCUCGCAGUGCGUGUGCUCGCUAAACACCAUUCUGAUCUUUUUGAGUUUGCGGGGAUUGCGCAUACCGUCUGGUUGUGGCGAACAUGGCUGGUUCAGGACCUGACACGUCGUACAGAAAGGCUCCCAGAGAUCGAGGCUGCUGCAGCAUUAACUUCUUAAAAUACGUAUUAUUCAUCUUCAACUUCAUCUUCCUGCUCGGGGGCUGCGCUGUGCUGGGCGUGGCCAUCUGGACGCUGACGGAGAAGCACCACUACGUGUCCCUGCUCACCACGACCACCUACGCCUCCGUGGCCUACAUCCUCCUGCUGGCGGGCAUCGUCGUCAUCUUCGCCGCCCUCCUCGCCUGCUGCGCCAUCCUGAAGGAGGACCGCUGCUCUCUGCUGGUGUACACGUUCCUGCUUCUGCUGGUGUUCCUGCUGGAGGCUGUCGGCGGCGUCCUCGCCUACGUGUACGAGGAGCAGGUGAUGGCCGAGCUGUCCCACACCCUCACCCAGACCUUCAACGAGAAUUACAUGAUGGAACCCGAAGUGACCCGGGCGGUUGACAUGAUGCAGAGGGAGUACCACUGCUGCGGGGCUCUCACCUUCAGCCAGUGGCGCGACAGUCGGUGGCUGCAGGAGGGCCAGGGCAUCAACAACACGGUGCCGGACUCCUGUUGCAAGACGCCCUCCCCGUACUGCGGCGUGAGCGACCACCCGUCCAACAUCUGGUACAACGGUUGCAUCCACCAGUUCGAAGAGGAACUGGGUAGUCACCUGGUUGUCCUCGGGGCGGUCGGCUGCGGCAUCUCCCUCGUACAGGUCUUUGGGAUGAUCCUCUCCUGCUGCCUCUAUAUCAAGCUGAAAGACGUGGACGACGAGUACUGAGGGAAGCUGAGGUGUUACGUGGAAGAAACCAAAGGAAGAAUGCUGUAGUGAUGGAAGAAGCCAAGGUGGAAGAAGCCAAAGUUUGAAGUCUCGAAGAGGAAGCUCGGCAGCCCAGCGAGCUCGCCGGAGAAGUGGACGUU